CGUUAAAUCUUCAUAUAGGCGUGCCGAUGCCUUGGCCAAAGCUCACUCCGCUUCAAUCUCGGUUUGCUGCCUCCCUUGCCGCCACCAUCCUCCUCAUUAUCCUUUAUUUUGCUCUCACCAGCCCACACCUCGCUUACGCGGCCGAUGUCGAUGCGGUGAUAUUAGAAAGGUAUGGCCCUCCGGACUCGCCAGCUAUAGAUACCCAUAGCCAGCAACCUGAGCUAGAUGGACGGGGUGCCCUGUUGUCUGAAGAGGACGUUGAAAUUGGUCAGAGGGCGGCACCAGGGACAGAGGCUUUGGCGAACAACGUUGCCAAAUUAAAGAAUAUAAAAAUCGGGGAGACGCAGUAUUGGGUAUUCCCCAAGGAAGCUGUGAACGGCCCCAAGUCUCCGCCCACGCCAGGCCUUCCGUCAGACAUAAGUCUUGUUCUAGACGGAGGCACAAUCCUUAACAAUGACGACCCGGACGAUUCGGAUGAUUUGGGUGACAUAUUCGAACUAGACGAGGGAGAUGGGAAUCUAUUUCGCCGCGCUGUCUCUGUAUAUAUUACCGCAAAUACGUGCCUUCAGCCAGGCCUCAAUGCCACCCGUGCAGCCAAGGAUUCUGGACCCCCUCAACUAGAACUCUACGUGUCUACAAGCAAAACUUUUGACAGACCCGGCCCUCAGUACAAGGACAACUCAGCUGUUAUUUACAAACCUUUUGAUGGCGGUUAUGUUGCUGUAAACCCAAGUGCCGACGGAGACGUAUACAUUGCCGUUGCCGCUCCAAACAAUACUCGAUAUUCAGGAAUAUAUAACUACGAAAUAGCAGCUUCUAUUGACGCUCCCUUCCAUGGCCUUGAUAAUACUACUUCCUUUCUUUACUUUGUUGACGGAGACAGCGAUGCAGCUCUACUGCAGACAAAUGAUACCACCCGCGAAUCUCCCGACUCCGAAAUAUAUAAGCAAUGGCUGGCCCUUGAUCCCCCUCCUUUUACAUUAUUUGCACACAACAUGAAUGAUUCGGCCAUAGUAGGCCUUCAGCAUUCAUUUUGUGGCCUACAAAAUAACGCACAAAUAAGCAAGAAGCAAAAAAGCCUUGAUGUUGGCAUGACGGCCCGUGGCAUAGAUCAUAAACCCAAAGAGCAGAUCUACGCCAAAGGAUUGAACAGCAGCUCUGUCUAUUAUGGGUUUUUGGCCAUGGAGGGAAACUCGACGGCUUAUGGGAAUAAGGUGGUUGGGGGUGGCGGAAAAGUGUGGAAGGCGAUGAAUUUCACGACAAAAAGAGAAAACAACUGCGCCAUAGUAUAUAAUUUGAAGUUCUGCUCUGAAGUCGCUUACGCGGUGCCAUCAAGCCCAGAACUCAAUGUCUCCGAACUUAGCGAUAUUUAUGACACUCAAGCCGCUCAGCUAUUCCAAAAUUUCACCUAUUCGCUCCAGCAGAUAUCUUGCAAUGCCCCAGCAACAGAGCAGUACUCCCUCGCAACAAAUUGCUCACAGUGUGCAGAUGCAUAUAAACAAUGGCUUUGUGCCGUCACCAUACCCAGAUGCCAAGAUUUUUCCAGUGAUCUUGCGUUCCUUCGUCCAAGAAAUACUGGCCAGCAGUUUCUUAAUGGCACCAUGCUACCUGAUGACUACUCUGGCCGACAAAAUGUAUUAACCAACUCUUCUAGAAAUCCACUGAUCGAUACCAAAAUAAAGCCUGGGCCGUACAAAGAGGUUCUUCCCUGCCAGGACUUAUGUUAUUCAUUAGUUCGAAGCUGUCCUGCAUCAUUCGGCUUCGGAUGCCCCACCGGCCAAUGGCUAAACUAUUCCUAUGGACAGCGAAGCGCCAAUGGAGAUAUCACCUGUAGUUACCUUGGCGCGGCGUACUUCUUGAAUUCGGGAUGGAAGUCCGCGGAUGGAGUGAAAUUUAUUUUUUCCUUUACAUUUGUCUUCUGGGCGCUCGUCUGGGGUAUUUUGCACUGGGAUUGA